AUGAAUUUUGUUCUACUCUUUUAUGGUCCACCUUGUAGCGGUAAAGAUAAAUUCAUAAAUUACUUGCUUAAAAGAAAUAAGGUGAUUUACUUAUUUCUUUAUUUUUUUGUAAACAUAAAAAAUGAAACAGAAUGUUCCUACAAACAAAAUGUAGAGGAAAAAAAUUUUUUCAUCAAAAUAAUAAAAUAUUAUUAUCAAAUAAAGGAGAGAGAACAAAAGAACAUAUUAAGAACAAUAAGAAGAAAGGAAGAUAAUAUAGCACCCUCGUUUUCAUUUUUAAUAUUUCUAACUAGACAUUUUUUAAAUAUCAUUAAUAAAAAAUCAUCUAUUUUUAUUCUUAAUAAAUAUAAAAAUGCACAAAAUGAAACGUUUGAUCGUUUAGAGGGAAAAAAAAAACAUCAUAAGAACAGUAGAAAAAAAAUAAAAAGAAAAAAUAAUAAUCAGAUAAAUAAUAAUCAUAAAUAUAAUAAAAUAUAUAAAAAGUUCUUUUAUAAACCAUAUAUACAUAAAUAUAAUAAAAAAAUGUUUUUUAUUUUUUACAAAAAAAUAUAUAAAUUCAUAAAAUAUUUUAAAAAAUUUUUAACUUAUAAUUUUAAUACAUACAUAUAUUAUAUAUCAACAGAUCAAAUAGAAAACUUAUUUUAUCACAACACGAACAAUAUUAUAGAUGCAUUUAAAAGACAACAAAUUGAAAGAAUCGAUACUAAUAAUUGUCAUGUAUGUACAUUAAAUAAAUCAAAAUUUUAUAUAUUCCACAAGAAAGAUAAAAAAAUAAAUGGAAAUAUCUUUUAUCCAGUUUUUAAAAAAUCAAACAUAAUAAAUAAAAAUGAUACUGUUUUUAUAAAAUUAAAAAAAACAAACAAAAAAGAAAAGAAAAAACAAAACAAAAAACCAACAAGCUAUAAUCAAAUAAAGUAUUGGAACCUGUCUAGAGAAAUAGCAUAUGAAUAUUGCAAGAAUAUAAUGAGAAGGGGAGGAACACAAAAUAGAAUUAUUAUAUUAAAUGAUACAUUUCAUUUACCUUCCAUGAGAAAAGAAUAUUAUAUUCUUACUAAAAAAUAUCCUUAUAAUUAUAUUCAGACAUAUAUAAAUACUCCACUUGCUACAUGUCUUAAUAGAAAUAAGAAGAGGGUAAAAUUCAAAUAUAUUUCUUCAAAAACUAUUAUUAGAAAUUAUAAAUGUCAUAAAAAAUAUUCUAUCCAAUCAAAGCAACAAAAAUAUUUGUCAAAAAUGAUACAUGUAGUCAAAUCAAAAUAUAAAUGGCAAGAAAAAAUAUUAUCACUUCAAGUUAAUACCUUCUACAAAAAAUAUAAAACUAAGAAGAGUAAACUAGUACAUAUUCUUCGCUUUAUUUACAACCAUUUUGAUAAUUUCAAAAAUAUGGAUACAAUAAAAAUAAGAAAACAUGAUAAGAAGAAAAACGAUAUGAACGCCAACAAAUUAAAUAUUCUCAAUGUAACAAUUAAUAAAAUAAUACAUGAAAAAUUAAAAAACCUACCAAAUGAAAAGAAAAACGAAUAUGCCAAAAGGUUUCAUGUCAUUAAAUUGGAAAUAUUAAAAGAGUGCCGAAUGAAUAAAAUGAUUACUCCAGAAUAUAUAGAUAAAAAAUUGGACAUAUCUUAA